AAUUUUAAUUCAACUUUUGGGAACAAAUGAAAUCUAAUCGGAAACGUCAAUCAGCGAUAUACACAAUCAAUGUUGUGAUGUGACAUGUAUUUAACCAACAAAUUUUCCUUUUUGAUUUCCCCUUUAUUAUUAUUAUGCGGAACGAGUGGGAAACGGUGCUUCUAGUACUCUGUGUGUUGAUCGGCGACGCAAACAAUUUACUGCUGCAGCAGCAGGAGACUUCGAGCACAGCGCAGAUGAUUUCCGGUGAUGUCUUUUUCGAGAUCAUCGACCCAAUGGAGCUGGAGUACACAUACAGAUUGCGGCCAGCCAAAGACUUUGGAGCACCUUUUGAUUCUACAUUUCACAUGAAGAAUGUACCACUUGUGCCUGUGAAACCGAAAUUCGGUUGCUCCGCAUUAAGGAAUGCACACCAAAUUGAUGGCAAUGUGGCCUUCAUUGAACGAGGGGAAUGUUCCUUUAAGGUGAAGACAGUGGUGGCUGCGAGGGCCGGAGCCAGGGCCGUUAUCAUAACAGACACGACCGUGGCGAAUGAGGAUUACUUCAUCGAAAUGAUCGACGAUGAUCCGGACGAGGACGUGAAUAUACCUGCAGCUUUUCUGAUGGGCAAAAACGGCGUGAUGAUCGUCGAGACGCUGAGGAAGCUGAAGCUGACCCAUGCCCUUAUAAAUAUGCCCGUGAAUUUGACUUUCAUCCCUGUGCACAAGGUAAACCAGCCCCCUUGGCUGGACUGGUGACAAAACCAAAGCAAUAACCCGUAACACCUCAUGGAAUGAUAUCUUCUCCUCCAUGAUCAAUUUGAAGUUGUUGUUUUUUUUUACAUUUGUAAUUGAUAAUAAUGUAUUUUGUGAGAACUGAUUUUCAACUACCUGAGCUCGUCUAGUCGAGGCAACUAUGUAAAUACAAGUCAUUGGAAAUAAACGAGUUUCAUUGUUAA